CACAAACGUUCAGUAAGUAAUACGCUUACUACUUGAGACUCACGAACUGCGGUACUGUACCUAAUCGCAGAAGCAGCUCCGUUACACUGCCCCAACGGCUUUUGUCCUUAUUCUUGCCGCAAAAGGGUAACAUCUCUUGGGGCUGGAAAGUACUAGGUGGACCACAAAUUUUGUGAAUAUUAAUAUUUGAUAUUCGACUCGAUCAACCCUACUAGACAAAGAAGAGAAGUGAAGAGAAGCUCCCAGAACAGAACCCUUUGACCUUGAACUCUCUCAAAAUGGCACCGUUCCCUCCACCACCAGUCAGCACAAUCGACUGGAGCAACGUUGGCUUCAAAGUCCGCGAAGUCAACGGUCACAUCGAAUCUACCUUUCGCUACUCCUCCAGCUCCAAUCCGACAUGGAGCAAACCACGCUUCGUCACCUCUCCGCACCUUUCCAUCCACGGCAUGGCUCCUGGCUUGAACUACGGCGUGCAAUGCUACGAGGGAAUGAAAGCCUUCCGCCAGCCCGACGGCAGCAUCACCAUUUUCCGGCCUGACCAGAACGCCAAGCGUAUGCAGCGGUCCGCUGAGUUCAUCUCGGUUCCUCCUGUUCCCGAGGACGUAUUCGUCGAAUGCGUCAACCUCGCCGUAGCGAUGAACGCCGAGUUCGUCCCGCCCCACGAGACCGGUGCGGCCAUGUACAUCCGUCCAUUGCUCUUCGGAUCCAGCGCGCAACUCGGCCUUAGUCCGCCGGAUGAGUACACGUUCGUGGUCUUCGUGAUGCCCACGGGUGUCUAUCACGGUGUCCAUGCCGUUGACGCUUUGAUUCUGGAGGACUUUGACCGUGCUGCACCUGAGGGGACUGGCAGUGCCAAAAUCGGUGGCAACUACGCCCCUGUACUGCGUCACAGCGAAAAGGCACGAAACGCUGGCUAUGGCAUCACACUGCAUCUUGACAGCAAGACGCGCAGCGAGAUCGACGAGUUCUCCACGUCGGGUUUCCUCGGUGUGCGCAAGGACGGCGACAAGACCACCAUUGUCGUCCCUGACAGCAAGAACGUGAUCAAGUCCGUGACCGCAGAGUCGGCGUGUCAGAUUGCAAAGGACGUCUACGGCUACAGUGUUGAACAGCGCCGUAUUCCUUACGAGGAAUUGUCGGAGUUCAAAGAGGUCAUGGCGGCGGGUACGGCUGCUUCACUGGUGCCUAUCAAAAGCAUUACCAUGGAGUCCAGGGGUGAUAAAUUCGAGUACCCGGUGAACGAAAAGUUGGAUCCGGGUCCAGUAUGCACCGAGCUGUUGACGACCUUGAAGGGGAUUCAACAAGGUAAGGUCAAGGACCAGUUCGGAUGGAAUUACCAGGUCACACAGCCACCACCAGAAUUUGUCAAACAAGCUAAUGGGGGCGUGAAUGGAGCUGUGGAUGAGUUGCCAUGAAGACAUAUCGAAACUAGGGAGCUGCUUGGUCGUAAAAUCUGUCUAUUAGGACCAGCGAGGUGGUUAGAGAUACGAUUGCUCGGGCAAGACAAAAAAAGUCAUGGAGAGUAAAAGCAUGUACAGAACUGGAUAUUUUUUACAUUGCCCUGAAUGGCUGUG